AUGUCCCAUAAAUCUCUCAUCGACUUUGUAGUUAAAUAUCACAAACCAAGAUUGUUAAAUAGUUUAGUAUUUUUCCCUAGCAAUGGAAACUCUUAUUUUGGAAGACGCCUUUUUAUACCAGUGCCAUUAUCUACAUCAACUCCUAAGGUACAAUCACCAAGAAGUUUUAGCACGACUAUCACGAAACUGAAUGAUUUUUCUGAAAACAAAGAAAUAAAGUUUGAGGGUAAAUUUCAAUUAAUGUUUACAUGCAAGAAAUGUAACGUCAGGAAUACUAAGUUCAUCACAAAAUUGGCGUAUUACAAAGGUGUAGUGAUAGUUAUUUGUGAUGGGUGUAAAAACAAACAUCUUAUUGCAGAUAAUCUAAACUGGUUCUCAGACAUGAAUGGAAAGAAAAAUAUUGAAGAUAUUAUGGCCGAAAAAGGAGAAACAGUUCAAAAAAUAUUGUCUAAUGACUUAGAAUUUAUUGCUAGGGAAAUAAUUGUGGAAAGGACGGAAAAACUUAAAUUGGAAAGUUGA